ACCUGCAGAAGCAGGAACUGUGGACGUGUCAUCGGUGCUGAUGCCGUGGUCGGUUAGGACCAGAUCGCGAGGAGCGCGGCGAGCUGGGGACAAAUGAGAGCGCCUGCGAGUAGGUCCCGCGCUGCGCCGACAGGGCGGUGCGUGGCGAGGCGGCGGAGGAGAGCGACGGACUGCUUCGGGAGCGGGAUGGUGGGACAGUGGGUGCCAACUUCAGCGCGAGCGAGACGGCGGCGGUGACAUUUUCGUCCACUGCGGCGUGGAUGGCGGCCGAUAGCUCCAGAUGCGUGGGAAUGAGCCUCUUCAUGGCCGGCGGCGGCGGCGGGUGGACUCGGAUUCGUGGAGGAGGACGAGCGCGCAUGCUUGCGGCGGCGGCUGUCGCCCCUUCCUGUGUUCUGGGCUUCUGGCUCCGCUGAUACUGCCCCGGUGUUGGGCCCAGAAACGGGCUUCCAAGUUCCAAGCGGGCCGUACCGGAAUUUUGUCCUGGACGGGAACGCGCGAGGUGAGUGCGGGUUCCGACCCAGCAAACUUCGUUCGCGUCGACCACAUCACAUCAACCUGCUCCCAUAAUCUCCGGGCUCCUGGACAGGGGCAGUGCGAUCAGGAGGAGUUGCGAUGGUGAAGGACACCGCGUACUACGACACCCUGGGGGUCAGCACUGCCGCCUCCGCGGCAGAGAUCAAGAAGGCUUAUUACCUCAAGGCCAAGUUGGUUCACCCGGACAAGAAUUCCGGGAACCCUGAUGCCGCGCGGAAGUUUCAGGAAUUAGGUGAGGCCUAUCAAGUUCUAAGUGACCCUGUAAAGAAGGAUUCUUAUGAUAAGCAUGGAAAGGAAGAACAAACCAAGUUUUUAAGGAAAAUCCAAUUGCCACGAAGAGUGAAAUUUAACUUUGAUAACAUGAUUGAUCCAACUGCUGUCUUUGGGAUGCUCUUUGGGAGUGACUAUUUUGAAGAUUAUGUUGGCCAGCUUGCACUGGCAUCCGUAGCUUCUGUAGAGACAGAGGAAGAUUCAGAUAGUCCAGAGGCAAGUGCAAGGAUUCAAGAGAAAAUAAAGGAAUUGCAAACCGAAAGAGAGCAAAAACUUAUUCAGAGCCUUAAGUUUAGAAUUCAACCAUACGUUGACAGAAGGCAUAAGGAAUUUGGUGAUUGGGCAAGUGCAGAAGCUCAACGUUUAUCUGAAGCCGCUUUCGGUGAGGCUAUGCUUCACACUAUUGGCUACAUUUAUGUUCGACAAGCAGCAAGAGAACUUGGAAAAAGUAGAAUGUAUAUGGGCGUGCCAUUCAUAGCUGAGUGGGUUAGGGACAAGGGGCACCACGUAAAGUCACAGGUUAACGCAGCUGCAGGUGCCAUUGCUCUGAUACAAUUGCAAGAAGGGAUGAAAAAAAUUGAGGACGGAGACAACAAGGAAGAGCAGAUUAUGAAGAGCAUCGAGGAGAAAAAGGACGCAAUGCUCAGUUCCUUGUGGAAAAUUAAUGUGGUUGAUAUCGAAUCAACACUUUGGCGUGUCUGCCGAGCAUUCUUGAGAGAGAAUAAUGUCUCCAAAGAUGUUCUGAUGUUGCGCACAAAAGGAUUGAAAAAGCUGGGGUCAAUAUUCCAAGGUGCAAAAUCACACUACCAGCGGGAAAACAGCCUGCGUGUUGAAAGCGGCACGUCAGAAGCAGCACCGUCUCCCUGAUCAAGACGACCAUGUACAUGCCACCGCACCACUCAGCUGAGGCUUCCCCGCGCGAAGCACAAAGAGGAGUCUACUGUCCACGGCUAUUUCUUAGUGAGAUAGGAUAUGAAUAAACGCAAGGCAUCGGACUUCUCCCUGUUGAUCCGAUCAGAAUAUCAGCAAUUUUUAGAUGGUUGCGAUCUGAUGGGAUUCGAACUGUUGUACUCCAACAUAAAAUGCGAACAAUCAACGGGGGUCUCCCAGACCGGGCCAAAA